AUGAGGGCCCGGCGGCUUCUCGCGGUGGCGGCGCUGCUCGCCGCCCUGCUCGCGGUCUCGGCGGCGGCGGCGGCGAGGCUCGAUCUGGACGAGGUGGACGACUCGGAGGUCCUGGAGGCGCUUCUGGCCGUGGACGACGAGGAGGACGCGUCUGCCGCGGCGCCGGAGGACAGCGACGGCGGGGGCGCGGAGGCGGUGCGGCGGACGCAGUCCAUGGUGCUGGUGCUCGACAACGACAACGCGCGCCGCGCCGUGGAGGACCACGCCGAGCUGCUCCUCCUCGGCUACGCGCCCUGGUGCGAGCGCAGCGCGCAGCUCAUGCCGCGCUUCGCCGAGGCCGCCGCGGCGCUGCGCGCGAUGGGGAGCGACGUCGCCUUCGCCAAGCUCGACGGGGAGCGCUUCCCCAAGGCCGCCGCCGCCGUCGGGGUCAGCGGAUUCCCCACCGUGCUCCUCUUCGUCAAUGGCACCGAGCACACCUACACUGGCCUCCACACCAAGGACGGCAUAGUUACGUGGGUAAGAAAGAAGACCGGCGCACCAGUAAUUACCCUUCAGUCCAAGGAUUCGGCUGAGGCAUUUCUCAAAAAAGGCCAGAGUUUUGCUAUCGGACUAUUCAAGAAUUACGAGGGAGCCGACCACGAAGAAUUCAUCAAGGCAGCCACUGCUGAAAAUGAAGUACAGUUUGUAGAAACCAAUGAUAGGAGUGUGGCCAAGAUUCUUUUUCCAGGAAUUGCAUCCGAAGAGCAAUUCCUGGGCCUUGUGAAAACUGAACCUGAGAAGUUUGAAAAGUUUGAUGGAGCAUUUGAAGAAAAGGAGAUAGUGCAGUUUGUGGAACUCAACAAGUUCCCGCUAGUUACUGUAUUCACUGAUCUAAACUCCGCUAAAGUCUACGGAAGCCCAAUUAAGCUGCAGGUCUUCACUUUUGCCGAAGCUUAUGAUUUUGAAGAUCUUGAAUCAAUUGUUCAAGAGGUUGCCCGUGGAUUCAAGACAAAGAUAAUGUUUGUAUAUGUCGACACCGCUGAAGAAAACCUUGCAAAACCAUUCCUGACACUCUAUGGCCUUGAAGGAGAUAAACCUACUGUUACAGCAUUUGACACCAAUGAUGGUUCCAAAUAUCUGUUGGAGGCAGAUAUUAACAUGAAGAACCUAAAGGAGUUCUGCUUAAGGCUUGCGGAUGGUACACUUCCUCCAUACUUCCGAUCAGAACAAGUACCGCAAGAAAAGGAGCUUGUUGAAAAGGUUGUUGGACGCACAUUCGAUUCUUCUGUCCUAGAAAGCCCUCACCAUGUCUUCCUCGAGGCUUAUGCACCUUGGUGUGUUGACUGUGAAGCGAUAAGCAAAAACAUUGAGAAGCUGGCCAAACAUUUCAGUGGUUUGGACAAUCUUAAAUUUGCACGUAUUGAUGCUUCUGUGAAUGAACAUCCCAAACUGAAGGUAAACAAUUACCCCACACUCCUGCUUUAUCCUGCUGGGGACAAGACCAACCCGAUCAAACUUUCAAAGAAAUUAAGCCUGAAGGACAUGACGAGGUUCAUCAAGGAAAAGCUCGAGAUUUCCGAUGUGGAAAUCAAGGAGAAGCCGCAAACUCCUGACAUCGAAACAGUGGCUGCCGCUGACGGUGUAAAGGAUGAGUUGUAGUAGAAUGCUCUUGUUGUGUAUCCAUAGACUUUGAGCAUCCACUGAAGGCGACUUACGGCGACAGGCAAGGAAAUAGAGUAGGACAUCACCUCAGAUAUAAUGAACAUCUAAGAUUAAAUUUCUUUGUGCUGAUGAUGUAUACGGGUAGUCAGACUUUCCAGGUUUACUUCCUAUAAUGUAAUAAUCGUUAUUAUAGCAUGUUCAACUGGCAUAUGUAAUGUAGCACAUACUGUGAAUUAGCCUUAUCCUGUAUUAUAAUAAAAUAAAUUCAGACACUCUAGCAUCAGAAGUUGCAUGAAUACCGAAGCUCGGGUUGGGCCUCUGCUGUUUCA